GACCAGAUUUCGAUUUUGGAGUUUUGACCCCAAGAACCGAACAAAUUUUUGAAGGAACAAAAAUCCAUCCAUGAUUUCGGGUGGGCAACUAAGAAUGAGUAUGAGUACGAGUACGAAUACUCGACCGACAAGUACCGGUAUCCAGGUUUGUAUGGGUGUAAGUGUGGUGUGUUGAGCUAUCACGACCAUAAGUCCUAUCCCAUGCUUUAAUCAUGCCGACAUUUUCCUCGAGAUCAUGGCGAUGGAAUUGUAGUUGUUUUGUGGCAUGGGCAGUAGCCACCGUCGCGUUGCCAGUUCAAACGAGACAAUCUUCCAUUGCCUGUUGCCGCGGCGACAAACUGCGAGCCACAACGAGAAGAAACAGCAAUAUAUAUGCAGAUGCAGAUUCGACGUUAGAUGUAAACUUAAAUUUCGACAACCUGCUGGCGUUUUCGAUCGUCCCGGCAUCUACGAACCCUUCAAACAAAUUCACCAAGUCCUUCCUCGAAAAGGCCGUGCACCGGCUUCCCAGUGAUCCACAUACCUUGGUCCCAACGAUCGACGUUAGACUCCUAGAAGCGAACAAUGGCGGUCGUCUGUCUUUUCGGGUUCCAAUUCCAUCACAAGGAACAAACGACCGCAUUCUCGACGAUUAUUGCGAUGGCAACCGCAACGACACAACGGAGGAGGAUUCGUCGACGGCAGUGGCAAACCAAUCUGUAUCUUUUUCCGAAUGGAACCGAUGGUUGUCUCCAUACGGAAUGAAGUCGCUCCGGCUCGUGAUCUGUGAGUGCAGGGUCGCAACCGAUCCGGGCCACACGGAUGCCUCCGACGAAUCCUCCUCUACAGCGUGGACAUCCGAAGAGCGCAUUUGGAGUGCCCUCGAGGCAAAUCUACCGUCGCAGUUGCCCUGGGAGAUCUAUGAGUCCUUUGGCAACACAGUACCGGAACACACCGCGACACGGCAAACAAAAGAUGGGAACGACAUAUCGGAGGAGGCACCCUCGCACCAAAAGAACCCACAAAUCCAUCCAACCCGGUUCGAUGUUACCUGCCGCCGAUGGUCAACCUUUCGGUGUCUGUCCAAGGACGAGUUCUCGUCCACCCGCACCAAAGCUACCCUCCGUAAGCUGCUUCUUCGAAAAUACGGCUGUCUCGAACAGCCAAGAGAUCCGGAAUCAGCUGCUGCUCAUGCUUCGGGUUCGAACAGGCCACUGCAGGAUUGUGACUUCCAUCUCCUGAUGUACGGGGCAGACAAUACGCUGCGAUUGGAGUGGACCAUGCUGGCUCCACCCACCACCAAGAAAUUCUCCAACGAGGAUUACCUUCCCAAGCCGGGUUGCAAGAGGGUCGAGGCGUGGAUGCUGAUGCGAGACCUCAGGGAUGGAGUCCUGGCCCGGGCGGCAAGCUGCAACAAGAACGAAGAGGUGAUAGUCCUCGAUCCGCUGUGUGGAAAAGCAACAUUCCUGGUAGAGGCAGCUACCACGUGGGGCAUUGAAAACAGUACGCCGAUGAAUGGUGCAAACACAAACGACGAUCGAGCUUCGGUUUCCUUUAUAGGGGUUGACGCCUCCAGCCAGCAGCUGGAGGAUGCGGCGGAAAACGUCGAGGCCGUUGCCGAGGCAUUGGGCGGUGACUGCACGAUUGAACUCCGGCAAGGGGAUUCCCGCGACUUGUCCCGGCUCGGAUUUGGGGACGGCUCGGUUGCCGCCAUCGCUACCUGUCCGCCCUUUGGCAGACAGUUUUUUUCGCUCGGGGACGAUGCAGCAGAGAGACGAGCUGCCAGCGAUGGGGGUGCGACGAAACGCACCAACGAAGCGCUACAAGCAUCGUACCGAGAUUGGUUGCGCGAGUGGACCCGCGUGCUGGAUCCCCACCACGGAAGGAUAGCGCUCCUGGUCGACGUCGAUCACCAGGCGGAAGCCCUAGCCGCGAUUCGUGCUACCGGCUCCCUACGCGUUCGGGUCCUCCGGGAGCCCUUUCGGUUGGGGAGGCUAAAGGCUACCGUCAUCGUUGCCGAUGCGGAUCCUAACAACAAAGCAGAUGAUGGCGGUUGUAAUUCGUCGGGAGUGCUGAAACGAUUCCCAUGGGAAGGAACCGCGAAGGAGGCCAGAGCGGAGUGGUCUCGGCUGCGUACCGAAUCGCUCCAGGAGCUAGUUCCCUAUACAAACACACUGCGGAAUUGCUGACUUACGACGAUCAAGUGCCAACCAUGAAAUUAUCCGAUAUGUUAGAUUAAAGAUUCGCGUCGGUAAGAUCAACUGUAAACAAACUUGUAAAUUUAAU